CACCAUAGAGUGCCGGAAAAAGCGUGAGCAGAAGGGUCGGGAAAAGAAAGCAACUGCGGUUAGUACUAAAAUGACGACCUUAGUGCUGGAUAACGGAGCCUACAACGCCAAAAUCGGUUACAGCCAUGAAAAUGUCUCAGUUAUUCCUAACUGUCAGUUCAGGUCAAAAACGGCACGUCUUAAAACUUUUACUGCCAACCAGAUAGAUGAAAUAAAGGAUCCUUCUGGACUCUUUUAUAUUCUUCCUUUUCAAAAGGGCUACUUGGUGAAUUGGGAUGUUCAAAGACAAGUCUGGGAUUACCUUUUUGGAAAAGAAAUGUAUCAGGUUGAUUUUUUAGACACUAAUAUUAUUAUCACAGAACCAUAUUUUAACUUCACUUCAAUUCAAGAGUCAAUGAAUGAAAUCUUAUUUGAAGAAUACCAGUUUCAAGCAGUAUUAAGAGUAAAUGCUGGGGCUCUCAGUGCACAUAGGUAUUUCCGAGAUAAUCCUUCUGAAUUAUGCUGUAUCAUUGUAGAUAGUGGAUAUUCCUUUACACAUAUAGUUCCUUAUUGUAGAAGUAAAAAGAAAAAAGAAGCAAUUAUUCGGAUAAAUGUGGGAGGAAAACUCCUAACCAAUCAUCUAAAAGAGAUUAUAUCUUACAGGCAGUUACAUGUUAUGGACGAAACACAUGUGAUUAAUCAAGUGAAAGAAGAUGUAUGCUAUGUGUCUCAGGAUUUUUAUAGAGACAUGGAUAUUGCCAAGUUGAAAGGAGAAGAAAAUACAGUAAUGGUAGACUAUGUUUUGCCUGACUUUAGUACAAUUAAAAAGGGCUUUUGUAAGCCAAGAGAAGAAAUGGUGUUAAGUGGAAAAUAUAAAUCUGGGGAACAAAUUCUUCGUCUGGCCAAUGAGAGAUUUGCUGUUCCAGAAAUACUCUUUAAUCCUUCUGAUAUAGGAAUUCAAGAAAUGGGAAUUCCAGAAGCUAUUGUCUAUUCAAUUCAGAACUUACCUGAAGAAAUGCAGCCACAUUUUUUUAAGAACAUUGUUUUGACGGGAGGAAAUUCCCUUUUCCCGGGAUUUAGGGAUCGGGUUUACUCGGAAGUUCGAUGUCUCACUCCGACAGAUUAUGAUGUUUCUGUUGUGCUGCCUGAAAACCCUAUUACUUAUGCCUGGGAAGGUGGAAAACUGAUAUCGGAGAAUGAUGAUUUUGAAGAUAUGGUGGUAACAAGAGAAGAUUAUGAAGAAAAUGGACAUAGCGUCUGUGAAGAGAAAUUUGAUAUUUAAGAAACGUUUCUGAAAGUUUUGACUGUGACAAAGGUUUAAUUUUCAAUGUUCUUUUUAAAGGAAGUUAAGGACCUGUGUUAACUUUCAUCCUAAGAUAAGAUAACAUCUUGAACUUAUGUAAAUACUUUGAUCCAUGGCUGAUUUUCAAAGGUUUCUUACCUAGGUUAGUAAGUAAACUGUAACUCAGCCCAAAUUUUCAUUUAGGAGCUAGACUUACUAUAACAAUGCUUAUGCUGUUUCCGAGACUAAGUUAUCUUUCAUUAGAAGAUGAAAGAGUGAGUGUAUUUUAAGUUUAAUUCUUUAUAGCUAAAAGCACAAACUUAACUGUCUCACUGGUCAGGUUUCCUUAGAAGGUAGUUUUGUGUGACUGACUAGGAAUUGGCCAGAGUAUUUUCAGGCUGAUAUGAUUUCUCUCUUUCUUCUAGAGCGAAGUAUUUUAUCUUUUAAUUGUCAUUUUUAUUUGUAUAUACUAAAGUUAGAAAAACUAAUCUAUGUGUAUGUAAUGUUUAUUUUUUACUUAGCCUAAGUUUGAAAGGAUGAAGACCAAAGCCAAUUUGUUAAAGUGUUUUUGGUCAGUACUGUGUUGCAGAAAUGUAUUAUUUCACUCAUAAAAAUACUAUACCAUU